CGCAACUGGCGAGAGCAAUUUACUUCAAAGCUUCCUUCCUUGCUCACCAACUUCGAUCGUUGGCACUAUAUUUUUGACAUUCUGCAUGCCGUUCGGAGAAAUUGUGGUAGGGUCUCCAGGAAGCGGAAAGUCGACAUAUUGCUUCGGCAAACACCAGCUCUUUUCUGCUUUGAAUCGUCCCAUCUCUAUUGUAAACUUGGAUCCUGCUAAUGACAACAUCCCAUAUCCCUGUGCGAUCGACAUUUCAUCGAUCAUCACCCUUCAAGAUGUCAUGACCGAAUACGGUCUCGGGCCCAAUGGCGGCAUGCUCUACUGCAUGGAGUAUCUGGAGGCGAAUUACGACUGGCUGGAGGAACAACUGAGCGAGCUGGGAAAGGAUGCAUACGUCUUAUUCGACCUUCCUGGACAGGUAGAGCUGAGCACGAACCAUCAUAGCUUGAAGAGAAUCGUUCAAAAGCUGACGAAAGGCGGAUUUCGGCUAGCCGCCGUCCAUCUCUGCGACGCACACUAUGUAACCGAUGCAUCCAAAUAUGUAUCGGUUCUAUUAUUGUCUCUUCGAACGAUGCUUCACCUGGAGCUGCCACACGUCAACGUCCUCUCAAAAGUAGACCUGAUUGCGCAGUACGGGGAUCUUGACUUCAACUUGGAUUUUUACACAGAAGUACAGGAUUUGUCACAUCUGGAGAACACGCUCUCGUCUGCCACACCUCGAUUUGCAGCCCUCAACCUAGCAAUAUGUGGUCUCAUUGAGGAUUUUGCGCUGGUUGGAUUUGAGACACUGGCAGUGGAAGAUAAACAUUCAAUGUUGCAUCUAACAAGAGCUAUCGAUCGUGCAACAGGCUACAUAUACGUUCCACCUGCUAGUACGCCUGCACCGCAGGGGACUGUCGUUGAUCCAGAUGCUCCUAGUGCACAGCGUCCGAACUCCUACGCGCUAUUCUCGAGUGCCGCCGGACCGAUGCUGGGUGCGCGGAGCGACGUGCGCGACGUGCAGGAAAGAUGGGUUGAUGCGCGGGAGGAAUGGGAUGCCUACGAGAAGACCCAAUGGAGAAAGGAGGGUGAACUAGUCAGAAAAGAAGUAGAGGCAGCUGCGAAGAAAGGUAAGAUUAGGGAGAGAAAGGGACCGAACGUGCAGCGAUGAGAAUUCGUGUUUUGUGAUUAGACCUUUGUAUUUCACAUAGUUGUAUCCAUGUUCCGUUCCCAGUUU